UGGCGCGUUAUAAAUACGAGAUAGCAUUUCCGGGGCUAAAUAAAGAAUCAUUAUUUAAUAAAUCCAGAAAUGAACAUGCAUUUAUUAAACGGGCUGAAACAUAUCUUUAGACGAACAAAUGUAUUAAAAUUUCGCGGUUUGAACGUUAACAUUUUCAUUUGGCAUCGCAGCAAGCUGUGGCAAGUACGCAAAAACAAAAAACAAUCAGAAUCGGUCGCAUUCGAGUGAGUUGAGAUGAUGUUGCAAUCGACAGACAAACAAGACUUAUACACAGUAUGAAAAAGAAAUGCGUCAUACAGCUAAAUCAACGGACACCAAGAGAAAACUGCAAAGUGAUUUGACGACAGCAGACCAACAGCACAGCACAGCACAGUCGACGUUCUCGCAUUAAGUUUUGAGUUCUGUACACAAGAGCAACGUAACGGUUCAUUAAAUUUUGCUUCACGAAAGAAAGAAGACGCUUUUUUAUUCGCCAUUAUUGGGACACGCUUUGCAGACCGAUGAUCAAUACCAAAUGGCAACCAAGAUAAAAAAUUGACCUGUUGGCGUGAAAUUCAUAUUGACAAUAUAGAAUUGAUGCGGCUUCAAAGACAGGCGUUCAGUUCAUCAUCAUUAUCAUCAAAGUCACAAAAACAUAUAGUUCUAAUUUAAAAACGUUUGAAUAAUGUAUAAACAACGGCGACCAACAAUGAACGAUUUGGAUGUACAGUUAAUAAGAGAAUUUGCAAUGCGUCCGAUUAUCUAUAACAAGAGCACACCAUUUUUUAAAAAUAAAUACUUGACCGAUGCAGCCUGGCAAGAAAUCAGCGCCAAAGUUGGAGGCGACGUGGUUCGAGUUCGGGAUCGCAUUAAUCAGCUUCGCAAUCGUUAUAAUUUGGAAAAGCGUAAAGUUGAUUUGCAAAAAGCCGACGGCUAUUCAAAUGCACGUUCAACCUGGCCACUAUUUGAACAUUUACGAUUUUUGGACGAUCACAUUCGACCGCGAAAAUCCUACAAAGCACUGGGACGCAAAACACGACCUGUUGGUAGACCACGGCGCAACAAUUUUUACGAUAAUGAUUCUUAUGUAAUGUUCGAUGACCGAGGUACCACCCAAUAUGCAAAUCCAAUCGCAUUGUACCAACAGCAACAACAACACCAUCAACAGCAGCAACAAAAUCAAUUGCACCCAGAUCAAAGCGUAAAAAUUAAAAUCGAGCCCGAUUUAAAUAGGACAACUGACAUGGAAACAACUGCCUACCACAGUGAAUAUGACACAGAUGGCGAAGCAGAUGGCAACUAUAAUGAACGAAGUGAACAAAGAAGCAACAGUGAUGGCGACCAUUUUAUUAAUCCAGCAUCUUUUUUGGAUGAAAAUGAUGAUAGCAUAACGGGAGAUACAACUAAACAGAAUGGUAAUGCACAGAAUUCGAAUGCCACAAAUCCAAAUGUAAGAGAAUCAUUGAUCAACACACAAACAAAAAGUCCAACGAUUGAUAUUUCGUUACGAGAUUUGAGGUCCAUGAGGCACCAACCGCCGCCGAUGACGAACGGUGACAUUAGUCAAAAUAUUACCGCGAGUCAAACGAUUGCACUAGAUUCCGAAUCGGAAAUGUCAACGCAUGAUCAAUCUUAUAAACAUAGCACACCAAGAAAUCCAUCGUCGGCUAAAUUUGAAGCUUUUGGUAAUUUUGUAGCGACAUCACUUGUUGAUUUACCUGAAACGAACGCCUUGGAACUAGUAGAAAAAUUCACAAGCGAAAUAGUCAAAGCAUUGAUUUUAUCAAAGACAACGAAUGCAGCAUCGGUUGAAAGAGAAUGAAACUUUUUUUUAUGCCAUAUUAUUGUUAGAGUACUCUCAUUCUUAUGUCGAGCAAUUGCGAUCAUUUCAGUAUUAAAUAUUUGGAACGUUUGAAUUGACAGCAACAUUGGUUUCUUCUUCCUACCGAUUA